CCCACUGGACCAGCCAGGUUCCAAACCGGUUCAGAGGCCUCUAACAUGGCCUCCGGACCGGUUUGUGCAUAGUACUACUUAAUAAUCCCUUUCACUCCCCCAUUGUCUAACGGUUCAACGGCCUCCCUGGCAGGUUUCCUGUUUCUGAUAUAUUUGAAGAAGGUUUUUUUAUUCGCCUUGAUGCUUUUAGCUAAAUGUUCUUCAAACCUUCUUUUCACCUUCCUUAUUGUCACCUUGCAUUUCUUUUGCCAGAGUUUGUGUUCCUUUCUGUUCUCUUCAUUUGGGCAGGCCUUCCCAUUUUGGAAGGAAGUUUCCUGGGAUGACCCCAUGUUCUAGUGUUGCGAGAGAGGGAGAAGAAUUUCUCUCUGUUCACUCUUUACUCCAUGCAUAAUUUUAUACACCGCUAUCAUGUCUCCCCAUAGUUGUCUCUUUUCCAAAAUAAAAAGGCCCAGAUGCUUUAGCCUUGCCUGGUAUCACAAUCCAGAACUGACACUGCUGCAUGUGUGCAGUGCUAGUCUGGGCAUCAACCACUGAAUUUUUAGAAAUGGAAAAUUUUCUAUUCUGGAAGAUUUCCCACAGAACAUUCUCAGUCUCCACACAUCUGUGCCUUAUGUAGAUAUGCGCAGGCAAGCAGGCUGGUAUACGGAUUGAUAUAUACAGAUUGAUAUUUUUUAUUUAUCUGCAAGUUUGUUGUUGAUGAUGAUUUCAGAAUGCUAAAGGCAAAAAUGGUUUGUGUGUGGGGGGGAUUGUCUUGCCUUUUGAUUAGCCAUUCUGGCUUCUGAGUAGUUAGGAAAGCAGUAUAUAUCUGAAAACCUUCUGUGCUGCUGGUACCUUGUUGAUUUGGAUAUUAUUUAAAAUCUAGAUGCUAGAACUGCUAUUUUAAGAACUCUUGUUUAUGUUUAGAUAAAACGUCAUUGUCAAACUUCAUUCUGUCUGAAUGUUAAUACAUUCAAAAUAAACUAGUGUGUUGACUUUAGAAAAUGUGUAUAUGGUAAAAACGUUAUAUAAGAGAUUGUAUUAGCAUGCAGCCAAAUUUGUGUGUGUCUGCAGCUGGCAACAGGAUCGUUUCCAGAGUGAAUUCUAUGAAUCAUAUUAUUCUUAUGGGUGGGGCUUUUGUAUGCAUUCUGAAUGUGAUGACUAUAUUCUGAAUACUAAAUAUAAUCAGUGUAAGUGACUUCAAGUAUUUUGCACCAUUCCUUGGUAGUAUCCCCUUGAAAAUCUUGGUAUGGGACUGAUAGGAGUUUGGCAAAAUUACCAGGUCUUUGCAGGCAUUUCCACAACUAUGCUAAAAUAAUUCUUUGAAAAUUUAAUGUGGAAUUGAAAAUAGAGGAGAGCCAUUUGCCAUGUGUAGAUAUUCAAAUUAUAGACAUGGGGUAUGGAAAGGUUUGUCACUUCUGAAAGUGGGCUCAGAGUUAUACAUGUAGAUUUAGAUCAAAGCUUUGUUGCAUGCUUACUUGGGAGUAAGUCCCAUUAAAUAAAGAGGCACUUACUAACAAGUAAGCAUAUGAUCAGGUUGUUUUCUUGGUCCAUUCCUCCAUAUAACAGGACAACUGUUGCAAGUGUUUUGGGAGUUGCUGAAAUCCUUGAGUAUUCUUUGAAGCUAUUUCACAAUAGCCUGAAGACUACAAUUCCCACAAUACUUUCACAUACUGGUAUUCCGGUGACAUCAGGCAUGGCUGAGGCUGGCUGUAAGGGAAGAAGACUAGAAAUGUAAGGUGAAACUUGUGGCACUCGGUUCAUUUGGAAAUGCUACAUGUCCCGAAAACACACGUUUGCACACUGAAAAUGAGAACAUGGUCAAAGAAAGUGCCACGCUCGGUCAUCAUAACCCACAGGUAAGCAGCACUAAGCAAGAAAUGGACACCCAGUUCUCCCAGUUCUUUGGAGGAAUUACUAACACACCACUCCUUAUGGAAUCUCCCCAGUUAUACAGUAGCUGGUCAACGUGCGAAGAUAGUGCUAAUGCUGUUGCUUCCUUACAAGUCAGCACAAAAAACCGGACACAGGUAAAUCUGUCUUAUUCGGGCAGUGGCCCUGAUAUGUUUGGUUUAGUGAGGAGCAUCCUAGAGGAGCCAAAUAAGCAAGAACCUGUUACAGACUGGAAUUCUCUGGCAACAAUAUUUCCGCCAGCGUGGUCAUCAGACUUUGAAAACAGCAGCAGCUUCUCAGGGCUUCUUCCUAAAGAAAAUUUGGAAAAUAAAGAUCUUACUCACUUAGUUAGUACACAGAACCCUUAUGAAGAAAAUGUUCAGAAGUUCUCCUCUGUAGAGUUGUUAGAAAAAGAACUUGAUGAUCUCCAUGUUAUAGGAUCUUCGCUUUCACCCACUGAUCCUUGCACUCAGUCACCCAGUGACAUUUUGAAGAAUGCUAAUCCAGAAAACAAGACGUUAAAAAUGAAUGGAAUCAAUCAGCAAAGCAACUUUGUAUAUCAGGAUGUGCAUGAUUAUGACAAAGAAUUGAUUAAUGAUAGUGGAAAGAGCCAUGCUGAGUUUAGUACUUUCUCAACACAAACUAGAAUAAAAGAUAGUACUAAUACCUAUACAGAAUAUCCGAAAGCUGACAAAGCAAGAGGCAUGCUUAAGAGAAAUGACACAGAAGGGCCAAGAAAAUAUUUUACACAACUAUCUAGUAUUCCUGCUGAUGGAAUAUGGGACCCAGUAACCCAGGAAAAUAAUUUGUCCUCUCAAAAAUGCAUGAGUUCUACAGCUGCUUGUGACUCUCGGCAGUUUUGUUGUCCUCCAUUCUUUCUCAGUCCAAUACUUAAUAAAGAAAACAACUUUCCUGAAGGAUUGAAUAUGAAAUUGCAGGAAACCUACCCACAUAAUUUACUCAAUAGCUUCAGUUCAGAGAGAUCCUUUGGUAACACUGAAUGUAAAGUCUCAGUACAUCCUCAAAAAGGUUCCUAUAAUAACUUGCCUCUAAAACCAGCUCUAGAGAAUAUGAAUUCAUCUUACAAUGGGUACACAUGGCUAGACAGUAAAAUACAAAAUCCAGUAGCUCCACCAAAUGCAACUUAUGGGAAGCAAAAGCAAAUAAGCCCUCGGUUUUCUUCAGGGUCUUCAACUCCGUCAAAUGGAUCUUCCAUGGAUCAUUUGGUAACCCAGCCUUUGUAUUCACAGAUACCGCUGUCCUCUUCAAGAAAAGACAGGAAACUACAAAUGCCCAUUGCUCCCAAUAGCUCAGGAUUUUCCAACUUCACAGAAAAUCGGAAGCAACAUAACCAUACUGUACACUCCCAGAACGAUUCUGUAGCUACUCGCGAGGGACACUAUAAUAAAGUGUCAAUUAAUGGUUCUUCCAGCUGGUUAUUGCAGAAGCAUUCUGUAAAUGAAUCUGCAAAAUGCCACAGAUUUCAUAAUAAGCAAAACAGAUACAACACACAUGAGAGAAUAGUGCCACACGAGAGAAGACAUAAAAAUAAUUGGAUUCCACACCCAGGUUUCACUGGCCCAAAUGGUGCACAGUUUGAUGCAUUGAGAAGAAAACGGGAGCAGAAUGGUGGCAGUUUAUCUGAUUUCAUCAAUCCUUCUUUUCUUCCUCUUCUCCCUUUACCAUCUGGAUAUAAACACAUGCAGAAUUUUCCUCCAUUUAACCUUCAUCCAUUUUCACCACCAGCUAAUGUUACCUUUUCUCCAUUGCCAUUUCCACUGUCUGAACUUGUUGACCUUUUUCACUGUGAUGACGUUCACCAUUUGAAUCCUUUUAUUAAUGACUUGUUUUGUGGAGAGAUCCCUGCACCGUACUUUGCCUUUCCAUCACCUCUUAGCAACUCUAGGCCUCCAAAAUACCGCACGGGACCUGCAAAUGAGCUUCAUAUUCAUUUAGAAGAAUGUUACGAGCAAUGGAGAGCACUAGAAAGGGAACGAAAAAAGGCAGAGGCUGACGUAGCAAGAAACUUCCCUGGAAAGCAGGUAUCCAGCUCCAAUAACGUGCCACUUACCCGGCUUCCUGCUAAGCCUUCCAGAGUGGAUCGUCUGAUUGUGGAUCAGUUCCAAGAGCAGGCAAGAGUGCACACCUUAAUAGGGAAAAUGGAAAUGUUCUGUGGUAUUCCUGUCCACUGUAAUAUAUCUGCUACUCUGAGACAUCACAUAGAAUCCAUCUGUGCUACCCAAGCAAGACGCAAAGAUGAGAUUGUUAAUGCUGUUAAUUCUCGAAGGCAAGGAACAUCUCGUUACAAUAAUGAAAAAGAUGUCCUUGCUCUGGCAGCUGCCAUUAAAGAUUUGGCAAUGUCUACACGAAAAACACGUACAGCUUUAUGGUGUGCUCUUCAGAUGAUUCUACCAAAAACUUCAGCAGGUGUUCUAGUGAAAAAGGAAGACGUAGAAAAGGCAUUGCAAGAGCUCUGUCCCGUGGAGCAUGAAGACAAAGAGAAUGAGAGAGAGAGCGCCAUGGAGAACCCCAACAGGUCAUCAAAUGAGCACACACACUAAAAGUCAAUUGUGCAGCCAUCUGGAAAAUGCACCAGGCUGUCAGCAAGUUUAGCUGGUCUGUGCUGCAUUUCUGCUGCUGAGAUUCAAGCCUGGGUACAUGCAUUUCUGUAAUAGUAUUGCAGCUGCUUCAUAUUAGUGAUCUUGUCAAAUUAAAAGGGGUGAUACAGAAGUGGAGCCAAGCAAUUAAUCUUGACCACCAAUCCAAAACUGACUCGAGCCAUUAACUGGGAAACUAGCACAUGGCUAAGCUAAUUCUGAUGUGUUAACAGUUUAACACUUGUUUUUAGAAGAUUCUGGUUUUGUUACACAAAUAUCUUAAGUGCCAAAGUGGUUGCUAAAUACUGUUUUCUUGUGGUUGCUAAAUACUGUUUUGUUUUGUUUUUGUUAAUUAACAAUGAAUAAUGUAUUUUUCUCCUUGUGGAAUUGUCAGGAGCUGAAGUUCUUGGGAUAAUUCCUGGUAGUCUGGCUGAAGCAAUCAGCAGCUAAUGUUAGUUGCAUUAAAUUUUUGAAGUUGUGUUGCUAAUUUCCAAUUUCAAGUUAGGCUAAUCCAGACUUCAGCUUCUGUGGGGGUAGUAUAAUAAACUGGGGAAGAACAACAUAAGCAGUUCAAAAUACAGUGCAGUAAAUAUGGCAUUAUGGCAAGCGUUAGCCAGUGAGAUUAAAGCAUUGUUUAUUAGAACUAGAAAUGGAAUAUAUGUAUGCAUUAAGUGGCUUAAAACUACUAUUUAACUUAGUAUGCACUUAGUGAAGAAAUAUGGCUAUUAAUGAUUUGAGUAUUUAUUUUAAUGAUAUAUUUCUUUUAAUGUAUUCUUUGACCCUUGCCAGACCUAAUAAUCAGGCUUAAUGUAUGCUCAGGAAAUCUGCAAGUGCGUUUGUGUAUAAUCUAUAAAUAUGCACACUGUUAUUAUGUCUGUAGAGACAGGAUGUUUGUAGAAUAGUUAUAUAAAACUAACUCAUAUACUAGAUUACCAAAGCUGGCUGAUUUAUUUUUAGCAUGAGGAAAUUUUAUAUGUUUAAUCACUAUUAUUAGGCUUCAUGCUGUCUCUCAGACAAUCAGAUAUGUAACAUGCCAAUGUGAAUGUACAAGGUAAGAAUCCAACUUGACAGUGCCUCAGUCCAAAAGUAUAUCUAUUAUUUCUUGAUUUUGCCCACUGCAGGCACAGGCUUUCUCCUUCACUGUAAUGUUGGAGUAGAUCCGUUCAUAUGAAGGGGGAGCAUGCUUUCAAAAAGGUAUACUCAGCAGUGCAGUGAAUAGUAAGAGGGAAAGUGAAAACCCUAGGAGCUCUGUCUGUGUGUGUUAGGACUGCAAGGAAUCUCUGGACUGGAUCUUUAAUAUUUGUGUUCUUACCAAUUAGGAGAAUUAAUGCUUCAAUUAUCUUGUAAGAUGUGAGUGUGUGUUGUGUAGAGCAGUUCUCUUAAUCUCAUUGAAAAUAUGAGAAUACUAGAGGAAAAAGUCACAAAGACAUGGAUCCUACUGCACUUUGUUUAAUAAUAUGUUAAAUUGGAUAGUGUUCUUGGAAGCAUAAUUGAUUUGUUGUGUAUAUAUUUACUAAAUAUUCCCACCAUGUGUUGUCUUGAAUUUGCAAAUGUUUAGAGUAAAUGUAGUAUGGUACAAGAAGUUGCAAAUACCUCACAUUCUCUUUCUUCAGUUAAAAGAAAAGGAAUUCUUAGAAGGCACCUUCAUGAAUGUGCCACAUUCUUAAAGGAAAAUUGUAAUAUUUUCAGCCUUAGUUUUUGCAUAAAGGUUAAUUCUGAAGAGGGGUGUGUGUGUGUGUGUGUGUGUGUGUGUUUUGCACUAAAUGUCAUGUGGUCAAAUAUGCUUUGUGGAUUAAAAUUAAUGUAUAGUAAGAGGAGUUGAUUGAAUUGAAUAUGUUGGAAUUUUAGUAAUCUGGGUUUUUUUUCCUAUUUACAAAAUGGUACUUUUCCAGGACUUUGGUGAAGUAGUGAGUGUAUUAGGCACAUUAAGUUUGUGAUUUGUGAGCAAAUUGUUGAGAAAAUAAAAGUGUUUAUAGUUGGUUGAUAUAGGUAAUGUGCCUUUAACAGUCUUAAAAAGUAAAUAUAGCUGUGUGUUCACUCUUUGUUACUGAGCAAUACAUUAAAAGGACUGUAAUAAGCUGUGUUUGAUAGCUUAUAGUUUAGGAGAUAAAUAUUUCAUAAUAAAUUUCCAGCACUGAGAGUUCCCCUCCUUAAGAAAAAGUAAAAUGUUUGGGUUUUUUUUGCAUAUCAAGGCAUCUGUUCUCAUUUAGUUUACUUUGGCUGUUCAGUAAAUGGCAGUAACAGAUGCCCACCAAAGGAUGGGAAUUAAUGUUAUGCAUGUUUAUUGAAACUUAAUUUUCAGCUUAGGGUUUUUAAAAAACAACCAGCCGCUGCUUUCUACCACAGUUAGUGCAAGAUGUUGCUUUCCUGUAGUGUUGAAACCAUUUGGUGCCUUUGUCUGAUAGUAGCAUCAUACACUUGGCAGUUGAGAUUGGACUUCAACUCCCAUCAUCCCCAAAGGUAUGGGAAAGGCCAUUGUGGCUGGGGAUGGUGGGAGCUGCAGUCUAAAAACACCUGGGGACCCAUGUUUGAGACCCUGGCAUAAUUGUUGACUGGUUCAAAUUAACCAGGAGCAAGGCUGGGCAAUUAUUGUUUGAGCAGUUGGGUGUGUUGUGGUUAUUAAACAAUUUGAACUGCAGGAUGUGCAGAGUUGCCAGUUUCUGGAAAACGGUUAAUUAUUUCCAGCAUCUCCCCCCGCUGCCUCAAUGUAUCAGUUCUCCACUGUCUAAUUAGAAACUUUGUAUUUUGUAUUACCUCACUCGUCGUGUAAUAUUUUAUAACUUGCAUUUAACUUUAAAAUAAAAUUUAAAAUGCUGCAAGUAGAAUAUAAGAUGCUCUCAGUAUCAAAACUGAUGCAAUUUCCCCCUCCGGAUUCAUGUCAAAGCAUGUGUCAUACAAUGCAGUGCACUGUAAUGUCACAGCGAAAAGGUAGGUCUUGCUGAACUAGGAACUUGGCUUGUGAAGACCUUCAUGUCAGAUGUGUUAAAUUAUGCAGCAGGGUGGAUUUGAUUUAAAUCAAACUCAUUUAAAUCACUAGCAGGGUGGAUAAAAAUUAAAAAAAAUCGAUUUAAAUAAAAAAAAUUUGAUUUAAAUCAAAAAAAUUGGAUUUUUUAAAUUUAAAUUGGAUUUUUUUGAUUUUUAUCCACCCUGCUAGUGAUUUAAAUCGUGAUUUAAAUCAGUUUGAUUUAAAUCAAAUCCACCCUGUUAUGCAGCAUAGAGAGGCAAAGCUUAGAUUUUUAUCUGAAAUGAUUAUUUGGGGACAUUAGACUAUCAUUCUUUGUGCCAUAUAUUGCAAACCAUGUGAAAAUUAGUUCUGCUCUCUUAUGUGUGGGAGCUGUGAUGUUGGUAGCCCUCAUAAGAAGAGGAGCAAAGACUGAAAGAACUUGUACGCCAGCCUGACAGCCAUAAAGUGAAGAGUGAGCUGAAUUUGCUUUUGUUUUUUGUUAGAAAUUCAGUUUAUGUAGGACUUGUUCAGGUUAUAAACAAGAUAUUUUACUUGGGUGCUGUAAUAUUUAGUCUUAUAUUUUGUUAGGUGAAUACCAGUUCUAAAGGCAUGCAGUUCAGUGUGCAUAGUCUACAAUUCACAGAUGUGCUCAGGCAUGCUCAAGGGCAUGUACAUGCCCAGCAGGACUUGUGCCUCCCCUCCCCGGGUUGGUACAACAGACUCUCUGUACAUUUUUCACACAUGACUUUUGAAACUUGCGUUUCAGCCGUGAUUUACCAUACGGUAGGGAUGUGCACGAACCAAAAAACAACAGUUCAGUUUAAAUUUGAACCGAACCAUGUUGCUCUGAACCACUUUGAUCAAACCGACGAACCAUUCUGGUCCAUUAGAUUGAACUGGUUCAGAAAUUCAGGGCAGCUGGUAAAGGGGUAGGGUACCCACACAAUGUUCAGGGGCAGGCAGAAAGGGCGAGAAAAGUUAGAAAGGCCCUUACCCAGCCGGUGUGGCUGCUGGAGCUCACCCUCCCGUUGUGGCCCCAAGUGCGCUCCCCACUCCUUUGCCAAGCUGGUGGCUUGGUAAUGGAGGGGAGAGCUCACUUGGGGCUGCACUGGGAAGCCACGUAAGGAUUUUUUUUACCUGUCUCGCUGCCCCCGCCAGUCACCCCUGAACAUUGUGGAACCAGUUCACUCGAACCAGGCCUGGUUCAGUUCGGUCCACAAUCAAGCCUAGGAACCUGCCUGAUUUGAGGCGAACUGGUUCCGUCAUGAAAUGUUCAUGCACAUCCCUGUAUUGGGGCUCCUGUUUUGAGUGACAGAAGUUGAAGCCCUGCUAGUCAUAUGGAAUCCUUUGUGCAUUUCUCGGGACUUUGGUCAUCAUCUUGAAAUUGGUCUCUUCAUUAGAUUACAUUAUUCAUCUUGAAUGACUUUUGUUGACAUUGAUAUUAGUUGAAUACUUGUAUGUUUUGAUUAUGAAGUGUUUUGUACCAAACAGUUCUGGAAAUAGAAGCGCUUUUAGAAGUGAGGACAAUAGACUGCUUUUGUAUAAAGCUGGACUUUUCUACUGUAGAAUCCAACAGAUAAUUGCAGUUAUCAAUUGCAGUUUUUGAGAGUUCAGCACUUCUUGUGUGUGUUGUGUUUAACGUUUCUUACAUAUAUAGAAACCCCACUCUCUAAAUUGUUCCCUGCAUGGUUUUAUGGGUCUUUAUCACCAGCACAUUUAAACUUUUGGUAAACCUUUUUAUGAAAUUAUGUACUUUUUGAAUGAUUUUACUACAGGGUUUCGUUUUUAGUUCUUGAUUUUAAAAAUAGUUUUUGUUAAACUUAUUAGCAAUACUACAGUUCAUGAUGCAAAAAUAUUUUUAAGUUACUUUAUUCAUUUUCUGAACAGACUAAGCUAGUUUGUGAGAAUUUUCAACAAAUGGAGAACUCUUAAGUCUUCUUCGCUGAUUUGCCAGAUAAUCUUUAAUAAUAAUUGUAUUUGACAAAAUUGAUAAGAAAAAUAGGAGGGAUAACUGGAGAGCCACUUGAAACAAAUAAUUAUGUAUGACCUGUAGAAAUAUAGCUUUUUAUGCCAAAGGAGACAAUUUCCAGGGUAUAUGGGAAGAUAAGCUUGCUUUUUAUUUUUAUUAUGGAUAAUGCGAAGAUAAACAAUAUCUAUUUUAAUAUGCUGUUCAUAGUAUAAUACCUUGUGCAUCUCUGGCCAAUCUCGUUAAACUGUGAGCACUGUAGACUGCUAGUGGUGAGGUGACUGAAAAGCCUGUUACGUGUUGCUCUGUCUAGUAGAUUCAACUGAAAUGUGUGGAGGUCAGUUGUUAUAAGAGACUUAAUAAACUGAAAUGUGUGGAGGUCAGUUGUUAUAAGAGACUUAAUUACCGGUCAAUAAAGGUGCUGGUUCAUUGUUUCUGGAAGCAACUGUGGAUCUGAAAGCUGCAAAAUCUCACUUCUACCUCUUCUGUAACUAGAUGUUGAUGAUGAUCAAGUUUCUUCUGCACUGACCUCCUGGGAACUCCUUAUUAAGUGGUUUCAGGUAACCAUGGCUAGGUUUCUACUUGUGUGGAGUCACUUACCAUGUAUGCACUUGUACUAUUAAGAUUUAUAGUGAAUCCUAUACAAAUCAUGGUGAGUGAAAUGUUCUAGUAUUAUUUUUAUAUAUAAUUUUAUCUUUUUGAAAUCUGUGUGAACUUGAUUGUUACCACUAGUAUUCAGUCAUAACAAAUUAUUAUCAGAUGUUUUCCAUGUAAGAUUCAAUUUUCUUUUUCUUGUAAUUGUCACUAAAUAUCUGUUAUGUGUGCUGGUUAACACUUAAAACAAUUAAAGUAUUUAAUAUUUAAGUCA